CGGCCCUUCCAUUGGCCGCUGUCGGUCAUGUGGAUGAGAACCGUGAACAUGAACUUUUUUAUAAUUUCCCUUGCGAGAAUAGAGCCGCAUUCUUUUGCUCCGCUCCGUCCUGCCUGCUUCGGAGCUCUGCCUUCCAGCCCGGCUCGGCUGCGCUUUGUCCGGAGAUGGCGAGCGAGGGGAAGCCCCGGCCAGGCCAGGCCUGGCGGCUCCCGCUGGAGAUUGGGCGCGCCCCGUUCCCGGCGCCGAGGCGGCAGCUUUGCAACUCGCAACCUGGCUAAUUUCCUGCGUCCUCUGGCACCAAGAAAGAGGACAAUUCGUCUCUCGGGCUGCCCAAGCGACAGCUGUCAGAGGGGCAGGAGCUUCUGGGAGCCACCGUCUGAAGGCUACGUGUGCCGCCUGGCCAUUCAAACUGUCAAUUUUAGGUCCAGAAGUGUCCAAACCACAAGUUCUCAAAACUCUCUGAAAAAUGGCUCCCUCCGAGUUAAGCAAUUCUGAAAGGCAUUCUCUGGGAAAAGUCUGUGGAGGAGAGAGGGAUCUUCUUGCAAAUAAUGUGGUCUCAGGCAAGGACACAGCAUCUUGGCUGUCUGCUAAAAAAAAAAAAAAUGCCUAGACUCUCAGUGGAAAUUGAGUGUCAAGCUGCAAAAUCUCAAAUGGCAGACUAUCGUCAUUCAAGAGCGCCUGGACACCGGAAAAGGCGAUUCCCUGAGCGCCUGGAGUUGGAGACAAUUCCUGGUUCAGAUUUAAACAUCUUUCUAGGUCUGCGCGGGGCGGCCAUUGGCGGCGGAGUGUCACGUGACCGCGGGGGCGUGCCAAUGUGCGCCCUCACGGGUGUCAAACCCCUGUCAGAGUGUGCGAUCAAGAUCGUGAAACAACGCGAUGCAAAAAGCGACCUACUACGACAGCUCGGCGAUCUACGGUGGCUACCCCUACCAGGCAGCCAACGGGUUCGCUUAUAAUGCCAAUCAGCAGCCGUACCCGGCGUCCGCCGCUUUGGGCGCCGACGGCGAGUACCACCGACCCGCCUGCUCCCUCCAGUCUCCCUCCAGCGCCGGGGGCCACCCCAAGGGACACGAACUGAGUGACGCGUGCCUGCGCACCCUGAGCGCCCCACCUAGCCAGCCUCCAAGCCUGGGCGAGCCGCCCCUGCACCCGCCGCCGCCCCAGGCCGCGCCCCCUGCCCCACAGCCGCCUCAGCCCCCACCUCAGCCCCCUGCACCUACCCCUGCCGCGCCCCCGCCUCCCUCUUCUGUCUCCCCUCCUCAGAAUGCCAGCAACAACCCUACCCCUGCCAACGCGGCCAAGAGCCCCCUGCUCAACUCACCCACAGUGGCCAAACAAAUCUUCCCCUGGAUGAAAGAGUCUCGACAAAACACAAAGCAGAAAACCAGCAGCUCCAGCUCAGGCGAAAGCUGCGCUGGCGACAAGAGCCCGCCGGGGCAGGCGUCGUCCAAGCGCGCGCGCACGGCCUACACGAGCGCGCAGCUGGUGGAGCUGGAGAAAGAGUUCCACUUCAACCGCUACCUGUGCCGGCCGCGCCGGGUGGAGAUGGCCAAUCUGCUGAACCUCACUGAGCGCCAGAUCAAGAUCUGGUUCCAGAAUCGCCGCAUGAAGUACAAAAAGGAUCAGAAGGGCAAGGGCAUGCUAACGUCAUCGGGGGGCCAGUCUCCAAGUCGCAGCCCCGUGCCCCCCGGCGCCGGUGGCUAUCUGAACUCUAUGCAUUCGCUGGUCAACAGCGUCCCUUAUGAGCCCCAGUCGCCCCCGCCCUUCUCCAAGCCCCCCCAGGGUACCUACGGGCUGCCCCCCGCCUCCUACCCUGCGUCCCUGCCCAGCUGCGCACCCCCGCCACCCCCACAGAAGCGCUACACGGCGGCAGGGGCGGGCGCAGGGGGCGCCCCCGAUUAUGACCCGCACGCUCAUGGCCUGCAGGGCAACGGCAGCUAUGGGACCCCACACAUACAGGGAAGCCCCGUCUUCAUGGGGGGCAGCUAUGUGGAGCCCAUGAGCAACUCCGGGCCAGCCCUCUUUGGUCUAACUCACCUCCCCCACGCUGCCUCGGGCGCCAUGGACUACGGGGGCGCCGGGCCACUGGGCAGUGGCCACCACCACGGGCCGGGACCUGGGGAGCCGCACCCCACCUACACGGACCUUACCGCCCACCAUCCUUCUCAGGGAAGAAUUCAGGAAGCACCCAAGCUCACCCACCUGUGAUGGUGGGCUCGGGACUACGCGCCAGGAGAGUCUCCCCCCACCCACCUUUUUUCUUUGGUUGCUUUUUUUUUUUUUUUUUUUUUAGGUUCUUCCUGCCCUUUCCUUCUUUCCUUCCUUUUCUCUCUUCUCCGCCCCGCACUCUGUUUCCCGGUUUCCCCCCUUGUUGGUAAGGCGUUUUUAUAGUUUAUGUGACGUAGCAAUCUUGGUUGCUGGAAUGGCUGUAUCAUAGCGAUAUUUAUCUCUUCCUGCUCCUCGAUAGGCCACUGGCCCUGCACCCUUUACCUUCUCCACUCUUUGAUCAGAAACAGGGUAUAUGAACAAAUUUUCUAGUCGAGUUUUCAAUGUGAAUUUGUUCGUACAUUAUGGCUCCCGAGGGGAAGCGAUUACUUUUUUUAAUUUUUAAUUUUUUUUUAAAUUGCACUUCUUGUAAAGAGUGAGAAAAAAAAUCAAAGGCGCUUUGAAACAGGGGCUCCCUGUGCAAGGAUGACUAAGUGUACGUCUUUCCGUGUGUGUAUGCUGGUGAACAGUCAGAUUUAUUUAUAUUUUUUUGCAAGCAUUGAAUAAUCUAAGUUUUAAAUAUUAUUUAUCCCCAUCCGUUCGUAUUUAUAUUAAAGAAAUUCUGUACCCUGAUGGUUCAGAAGGGUUCUUGGGCCUUUUGUUCAAUUGUGUAUUGGCGUACUUAGAAUUUUUUUUUAUUUGAAAGAGAAAUAUAAUUCCUUUAAACUGUAAUGAUGCAAUAAAACCAGAGAAGAUCCAGCUUUUGAAAACAGUGAUUUAGGUUUGUAACAUCCGGCAAAACUGAAAAAAAAAAAAUCUGUAAAGGCGAAAAAUACUAGAUUUGUUUUGAGAGUUCUACAUUCCUUGCUGCUCACAUUCUGAGAAACAAAAAGAAAUAAAGUUUUUAUUCUGAAUAACAUCCGUGUUAAGAAGGGGUUCUUUGGCAGAAGACGUGGGUCUGCGUGGAAUUCAGGCUGAGGCGAGCCGGCAGAGCGGGCCAGGAGCAGCAGCCCUCGGGCUCCAGCGUGGGGCCUGGCCAGACUAUUCGCCUGGAAGCUCGGCGAAUUCUCAGGAUGGCGGCUGGGGCUCCAGACGGCUGCGGCAGCUCUGGUAACGCCGUGCGGCGGGCCCGCUGGGCUGCCCGGUUCCCAGCUGCUGCGGAGGCAGGCUGAGGGCGCAGGGGCUGCCGAGUGCUGUGCACGGAAGAAACAAAGGCAGCCCGGCCCAAGGCGCAACGGGAGCGCACAGGUGCCCCGCGGCCCAGCCGGGGGAUAACGCAGGGCGGUCUUCUGUUCCAUGCUCUUCCUCGGGUGAAAGCUGACCAACUAACGCCUAAACCUCGGGAUUAGCCAGCCGCGCAGAGGAUGCCGAGCACUUUCCGGGAGCAAUCGGACUCCUGGUCUCCUCUGGGGAUGCUUCGCGGUCUAUUAUCGCGUCAGGAGGAAAGAAUGGCUCCUAAAAUCUGCACGCGGUGCGAAACCGUUUGAAAGGGACUGAGGCUCACCCGGGUCUCCAGCAAACGGAGGACUGAGCUGGGGAGAGUCACCCUGAGCCAGCCCUUCCCUGGACUGCCUGAAUCCCAGCAUUAGCUUCCUACUGAAUGUAGUAUUUGGCAUUCUCUGAAUUUAUUUCCUCUCCUUUCCUCCCAGCUUUCUUUUUAUGGCCCCAGGGGGAGGGGGAGAGAGCAAGGAGAUCGGUAUCUUUGUAAUAAAACUGCAAUUUUAUAAAUACUUUUUUCAUUUGAU